AUGGCCCCGCGAGACGUCGGAAAGGUUGUCAUGGAUGUUGCAUUCUUUGCAGCAUCCCAAGUCGCCCUGUAUUACGCCCUUCGAUACGUUCUAUCGAGCAUGGACCCUAGCUCUUCAUCUUCGAAAAAGCACAAGGAGAAGGGAAAGAACCUGCUUUCGCAAACAGGCAUGAAUGAAGCGCAACUCGCAGCCCUCGACCUCGACGAGUAUGAGCAGAUCAUCGCCGCCGAGAUUGUCGCUCCUUCGUCUAUCGAUGUGACUUUUGAGAGCAUAGGGGGACUUGAUGAUAUCAUCUCGAACCUCAGAGAAACGGUCAUCUACCCCCUGACUUUCCCGGAGCUGUUUGCGAACGAGAACGGGUUGCUGAGCGCGCCGAAAGGCGUCCUGCUGUAUGGACAUCCGGGAUGUGGAAAGACCAUGCUGGCAAAGGCGUUGGCCAAGGAGAGUGGAGCUACAUUCAUCAACUUGCCUCUUUCGAGUUUAGUUAACAAAUGGUUUGGUGAAACAAACAAGCUUGUGGCGGGUCUCUUUUCACUGGCGACCAAGCUCCAGCCGAGCAUUAUCUUUAUAGAUGAGAUCGACACAUUAUUCAGAGAGCGUUCGCAGAGUGAUCACGAGGUCACGUCGAUGAUGAAGGCAGAGUUCAUGACCCUGUGGGAUGGCUUGACUACGACUAGCAAUGUCCGGGUGAUGGUCAUGGGUGCGACCAACCGGCCAAAUGAGAUCGACGCUGCUAUCCUUCGACGUAUGCCCAAGAGGUUCGCCGUCAAAUUGCCGAGCUACGAACAACGAGCCAAGAUCCUCAAUCUUAUGCUCGCCCAUACCAAACUCUCCCCCGACUUUUCAAUAGAGGAACUCGCCAGACGCUCAGACGGACUUUCAGGAUCAGAUCUUCGCGAGACAUGUCGGAAUGCUGCUAUGGUCCCUGUGAGAGAGUUGAUGCGCGAGAAGGGCAAGGCGGGCAUGGCUGGAUUGGAGCAGGCGCGGAAAGAGGGCUUCAAGGUCAGACCACUUACUAUGGAAGACUUUGUCGUGCACGAUUCUCAUGCCUACGCCUAUGUGGACCCGAGCAGGAAGACACCGGGGGCAUACAUGCAGGACGAGGGUCUUGAUUAG